CCCCGGCCGCCGUGUCCUUCAUGGACAUGCUCAAUGAGGUGGAGGUGGACAUCAACGCUCCACCGCUUGAUCCCUAUAGGGAUGAUGAUUUGGAGGGAGGAGAUGAGGAGGAGGAGGAUGAUGAUGAUGAAGACAUCACGGAGAUACAAGAGGAGGCGUUCACCCGCGUCCGCUCGUCGAACUACACCGACGCGGAAGAUAUACUCUUGGUUCGAGCUUGGGCGUCGGUGGGGUUGGAUGCGGGCACCGGUACCGACCAAACCGGUAAACGGUAUUGGCAGCGCAUCGAGGACGCCUACCUUAAGAUGAAGCCGAAGAGGAGUGGGUUCGCCUCGCGCUCAUUCCGGUCGCUUCAAGGCCGGUGGGACUUGAUGAAGCCGGCAUGUGCGCGUUGGAGUGCCGCCAUGGACCAAGUGAUGGAUGCGCCGCCGAGUGGCACCGUGGAGAGUGACUAUGAGAAGAUUGCCGGCUUGAGGUACAAGGAGAUGGCCGGCUCCAAGGGCAAAGAAUUCCCAUUCAAGCAUGUUUGGUCAAUUCUUCAAACAUAUGACAAGUGGAAGUUGAGAGAUGAUGAAACCGCACCGAAGAAGUCCGCAAUGCUUGACAUGGAUGAUCCGGAAGUUGAGGAGAGGAACUUGAACAAGCCCGAGGGAACCAAGAAGGCCAAGCUUAGGGUGAAGAUGGAAGGAGAGGCGGCUAGCCUAAGGGAGAAGAUGGAUCAUAUGAUGAAGGCAAGAGAGGCUUUGGCAACCAAGACGUUGGAGACAAAGCUUCUCAUCACCGAGCAAAAGAAGGUGGUCAAGCUUGCACACAUUGAAGCAAAGCGUGAGGAGGCAGCCCGCAAGGCCGACUUGGAGGAGAGGAUGCUCAAGGUGAAAGAAGCAAAGGUAUGGAAAGAACUCAUGGUGGAAGAGAAGGAGCACAUGAUGAUGUGCAAGAAAGACAUGGAUGAAGAGCAAUUGCAAUGGUGGAAGGAGUACAAGGAGGACAUCGCCGAGAGGAAGAGGAUGUUCCGAGGGUCCUCCUCUACCUUUGUAGUUGACACUACCAUGAGCGAUGGCGGUGUCGACAACUCGCAUGAUGGUGGGGUUUGAUGGUGGUGGAGUGGCCUAGCAUAUGGCACCGACGUGUAAUUUUUUGGUGAUGGUGCCAAUGAGAUGGGCAAGAUGAUGAUUAUGUGAUGUAAAAACUACUAAACCAUGCAUCCAUGAUUAUUACUUUUGUAGUAUGUUUGAUGAUUCAUUGUGUUUUUGUGUCAUAUUGUGAUGAAUAUGUGACAGG